AUAGUUAAAUGAAUAACGAAACUUGUUACCAAAUCCAAAUGGAAGUUGUAUUGGAUCACCUAAUGUACUCAAUUUUCUAUCGCUUUUUUCUUACCAAACAGGCAAACACGCUCUUAGACCAGUUCUCCCUCCCCUUCUCUCUCUCUCUCUCUUACACUAUCGUCGUGGACUAGACAAAGGACCUGAGGAAUUCUGACCGGCAUUCUUCCGAAGAUCCCACCUUUCUUCUUAGAAUUCUCUCGCUCCCGAUUCCAUUCCCAUGAUUCGCGAUCUCAUGUUUCCAUAUUUCAACUGGGCCGCUUUGUGUUCUUGAAAAAAGAAUGAUCUUUGAGGUUUUCUUGGCUGGUUUUAUUUCAAUUUUGACUUGGUGGCUGAGUUCCGAUUUCGGGGGCCCCCUUUUCCUCGGAUGCUGUAUUGCUUUCUCCAACUAGACUAGAGUUUUGGAAGUGAGAAGGUAGCAGCUGCAGUGCGCGAAAAAUAUGGCUAAUGCGGCAGCUGCUGCGGAGAGGGCUACCAGUGACAAGCUGGCUGGUCCGGAUUGGGCAAUAAACAUCGAGCUUUGUGAUAUAAUAAACAUGGAUCCUAGGCAGGCGAAAGAUGCACUAAAGAUAAUCAAGAAGAGACUGCGGAGUAAAAGCCCUAAAAUUCAGCUCCUUGCACUGUUUGUGCUCGAUACUCUGAGCAAAAACUGUGGGGAGCUUAUAUUUCAGCUGAUUGUUGAGCGGGAUAUUCUGCGUGAGAUGAUCAAAAUUGUAAAAAAGAAGCCUGAUUUAAAUGUGAGGGAGAAGAUACUCGUGUUGGUCGAUACUUGGCAAGAAGCUCUAGGCGGAACUAGCGGAAGGUUUCCCCAAUAUUUUGCUGCUUACAAUGAACUGAAGACUGCUGGUGUUGAAUUUCCACCUCGAGAGGAAACCAGUUUGACUUUGUUCACUCCGCCCCAAACACAUACCGUAUCUGAGGCUACUUUUCCGUAUGAGGAUGCAGGCAUUGAAGCAUCGUUGGAAUCUGAUGCCUCUGGACUCAGCCUGGAGGAGAUUCAGACUGCUGAGGGACUUGCCGACGUUCUUAUGGAAAUGCUGACCGCCUUGGAUCCGAAUAAUUCGCAGGGAGUGAAGGACGAGAUCAUUGUCGACUUGGUCGAUCAGUGCCGUUCGUACCAAAAACGAGUCACGCUUCUUGUGAACGAGACCACAGAUGAGAACCUUCUAUGUAGAGGAUUAGCAUUGAACGACAGUUUGCAGCGAGUUCUUCGUCGCCAUGAUGAUAUCACACAUAGAACUCCUCCAGUUCCAGCAGUGAAAAUAGAAGAAGCUCCAGUCGCGCCUCUUAUGAAUGUGGACCACGAAGAUGAAGAGUCGGAAGAUGAUUUUUCCCAGCUGAUGCGCAGACCAUCGAGGGAUGCAUCACGAAAGGCAGAGCCUGCACAGAGCAGCCCCUCUCUUCCUCCACCAAAACUGGCUAGCACGGAUUCAGGCAAAGCUGGUCGUCUCAGUGGCGACGCUUAUGAGACAGAACGGCCAUCUCCGAGCGCAGCUGUCCCGGCUCACUCGAGCAAUCGAAACUCCUUCCUCCCUCCACCAAGUCCAACGCGUUCAUCAUCCUCUGAUGACGACUUCAUCAACCCCACAGCGUCCGCGCUUGCUCCAGCACCAGGUCUCAACGGAGUGAUGAGCAAAUCUGCGGAUCCGUUGCCGCCACCUGCUGCAGGUAACAUUCUUCUUCCUCCUCCACCAAUCAGGUAUAACCAGCGGGAGCAGUUCUUCAAGCAAAAGCAGGCGAAUGGUGGCGGUGGGUCUAGCUCGAGUAGUCGGUCUUCGGGCUCCUCCUUUGACGGCCUGGUCGGGCAGACCAAGAACCUGUCGCUGAGGUCGCCACCGGCUGCCACAGAGCAGGAGAAGUCCGAUGAUGCGCUUUUUAGAGACUUGGUUGAAUUUGCUAAAGCCAAGUCAUCUUCACCCAGGCCAAAUAGGUCAUUGUGAGAGAAAAUGUUGUUGCUUGUGAGUUUGGAUUCUUCUGUAUUAUUGAAACUGUUUAAAUAAACAUUUAUGGGAUCUUGGAGAA